AUGUCAGUGGACAUUUUUCUGGAGUGGGCAGACGAAUUCAAACAUGACUCCGAGGGCCAACAACUGGGCAGCGCGCGAGUCAACCGAGACGCCCAGGGGUCCCCAGACACACCUGAAAUCCGGGCUCCUGAGAGACCGUCUCCGGGUCACGAACCCUACACAAAGGCCACCUUCGGCUUAACUGUACAACCCGAGAAACCUGUUUCAAGCAACGUGACACGAUACCGGCCACACAUCGGUGGGAGGGAAGUGGAGCACAGUGCAGGCAGCCUCCUGUUGGCGUCCCCACUUCGGCCCCAGGAGCUGGAAAUGACCGGGCCUUGUCAUUGCUCACAGUAUGAAAAAGCUUUCUCACCCAAGUAUCUGCAGAACUGGUCUCUCGCCAAGCCAACAAAAGAGAGGAUUUCUUCCCAUGAAGGCUACACUCAGAUUAUCGCCAAUGAUCGUGGCCAUCUGUUGCCUUCAGUGCCCCGUUCCAAGGCAAGUCCUUGGGGUUCCUUCAUGGGCACCUGGCAAAUGCCUCUGAAGAUACCCCCUGCUCGGGUGACCCUGACCUCCCGUACAGCUGCUGGUGCUGCCUCCCUUACCAAAUGGAUACAGAAAUAUCCUGAUUUACUCAAGGCCUCCAAUGGGCUACAUCCUGAAAUCUUAGGCAAGCCCCAUGAUCCAGAGAGUCAGAAGAAACCUGGGGAGUCUAUCACAAAGACUGUACGCCAAGCAGCACCAAGUGCAACCAUAAUCCCAAGCUCCCCAGCAUCAAAUCUCAAUUCCCCAGAUCAGCUCCAAAGGUCACACCCCUCUGAAGGUCACACUCCAGGUCCCCAAAGCCCACCCAACUCUCCAAAGAGUCCACCUGGAAGCCCAUGUAUGCUAGAACACUGUGCAGGUCCUAAUUUAGCUGAGGUCCAGAAAUGCAAACCUGGAACUCCAUAAGGGACUAAGGGACCACACUGAGAAAACCUGUCUAGAGAUUGAGUGAUGUAAGCAAGACCUCCCAGUCAGGGAAAUUAUGGAUGGGAAUAAAGGCAAAUUUGGAAAAUAAACAUUGUUUGUUGACUCUUUUACUGAUUUGGAUUUUUCCCUCCUGCUAUGUCUGCCUCUUUUAACCCAUAACUAGGAGAAGGGUUGGAGGAAAUAGAGCAGGGAAAAGAACAUGACAGUGGCUUGGGGGUAGAACACAUUUUUACAAGGAUUGACUCAUUUCCAGAAAUGACCAGGAGGAAGUUGG